AGGUUUGAAGAUGCUGGAAUGUAUACAUGUAUGGCUGAGUUUAAUGUAACUGGUUGUAAUAAUACCAAUGAUCCUAGCACUGCUACUUAUGAUUAUCAAGAGGAUAGUGAUGUCUUUAGUGUGAUUGUUGAUUUUCCACCAGUACUUGUUACUAUAUCAAAGGAACGUGAUGAUACAUUAUAUGCAGGGACACCAUUCUUCAUUAAAUGUGACAUACUGUUAAAUCCAAUGGUUUCUAUACCAGUGACUGUCACUAAUCAAUGGACACGUGAUGGUACUAAUGUUCCUAUGGGCUCAUCUGAUGCUACUAUUACUGAAGGUCUCAAUAUGAUUGAUGCAUUAAAUUAUAAUGCAACAUUAAUGUUCUAUCCAUUGGAUAAUGCUGAUGAUAGUGGAAUGUAUACUUGUAACAUUGAAGUGACUGCUCCUAACAGUUACAUGUUUUUUACAAAUACAUCAGCUAGUGCUAAUAUUUCUAUUACAGUUUAUGCUACUCCAAGUCCAGUAGUAGAGAUAAAUCUAGUAACUAUGGGUAUUGCUGAACCUGGUGAAGAAUACAUGUUAAAUUGUACAGUGACAGUUGUUGAUAGACUCAUAGUCUCACCAGUGAUAACAUGGACUAAGAGAUCAGCUAACAAUGUUAUUAGUGUACCUCUUGUUCUUAUGAAUAUAUCUAAUGUAAAGAGUUCUCUUUAUUUGAACUUCUCUUCUCUCAAUACUUCUGAUGCUGGUCUGUAUACUUGUGAAGCAUCCAUUAAU